GCGCUGUGAUUGGCUCAGCGCUGCCAGCCAAUCAGGGAGGAGGACAGUCGGAAAAUAACCCUUCCCAUUUUCCAUUACAAAAAGAAAACGGAGAAUGGGCAGCAAAAAGGACGGACAUUUUUUAAUAACACGAUUCACCGAACCACGAGGAACCAAGCGGCCAGUCUGGCGCUAAAACCAGACCUGUGAAGGAAAACAUUGCUGGUCGAGUCCCUGGUAGGAAUAUCGCACUGCAACAUUGAAGGAUACAAAGAAAGACGGAAGAGAGCGAGUGAGUGCCCUGAUAAUUGACACACAGCUGAGGAAGUCACGAGAAGGCUGGAGAGUGACAGGUCACAGAGAAGGAAGGCGCGGCUCUGUCAUCUUACCCUUCCCUGCUGCCCCUGGCUGGUGUUCCCCGGCAGUGUGUGUGAGGCGAGCAGCACCUUCAGCACAGUCACAGAGAAGUGCUAUUAAGCAUGGCGGCAAUGGCACCUGACUGGGGUAUCUUCUCCCUGCCCCGCCGGGAGCCACACCUCCGGUACAUGAGGUUACAGUCCCCAUCCAGCCCCACCACUGCAGAGCUCUCCAGGCUGUCCUGCACCUCUCCCCGGGACUCCCACAAGGCUCUGUUCUCACCCACAGCAUCAGGGAGCAGUUUGGGGUUUUACAAGUCACCCAAGGCAAAACCAUCCAAGGCCGCACCCAGCAGGCCGUCACUCAAGUGCUCCCAACCGUUGGCAGUCUGCAGGAAGAAGGUCGAUGGGAUAAACAAAGGAGUCACCCACAGUAUAAAGAGACCGAAACCAAAAGUCGUAGAAGAGAAAAAGAAGAAGCUGAAGAUGGAGGAAACAGCAAGGAGGAUCAAGGAGAGAGCCCCACGCAUCCCGGCAAACAGGAGCCCCGUCAAGUCCCCUUCGAUAACGGGGCAGAAGAAAAGGCUGCAAAUGUUGACCCCUCCUGGUGUGUCUCUUUUAAAUUGCGAGGAGUCAUUUGUGCCAGAACCAACAAGCAACAGGUUCUUCAAAAGUCGCUCUCGUGCUCCCGCCAGUGUCCAGAUCAACAAGAAUAUGAAGCUGUCUGCUAAGUACAAGGAUGUGUCGCUGAAUCAGAGGGUAGGAAAGACUUUCGCCAAGAAGAACAUCGGCCGCUUGGUGGAGGAGAAGCUGGACCAAUACCUGCAGCAGCCCAGGGUGUCAAAAGAGAUCAGCGAGGUGUCACCGCUCCCUUCAGUAUCGAGUGCACCAAGGCCCUGCCCCACCCGUGUCCGCUGCAGCCCCUCCCCCACCAAGAAAGCUCCAUCUCGCAAGGCCCGCACUCCCUCGCCCAAGAAGAGAGUUGCUGCUGCCACCACACCCUCCGUCACCAACAAGGGCUUGAACACUUCACUGGGAGAAGAGCUGCAGGACAUGGAGUUGAUCAUGAAGGAGUGGAAGAAUGACGAUCUGAAGGCUUCUGCUGGUGAGGAUAGAAACAUAUCAAAACACAACUCUGCAAGGAAGCUGAAUGGAGGUUUCAGUCCCUUGCGGCGGUCACCAAGGAAGCUGGCAGGAUGUGCUUCACCUGUCAGAUCACCAAGGAAGGUCAACGGAUGUGCUUCACCUGUCAGAUCACCCAAGAAGGUCAACGGAUGUGCUUCACCUGUCAGAUCACCCAGGAAGGUCAAUGGAUGUGCUUCACCUGUCAGGAGGUCACCCAGGAAGCAGGGGUGGGAGGAGCUGGCACAGGACUGGGAAUCACCACACAAGGUCCAGGAAGUCUCCACACCAAGCAAGAAGACCCACGCCAGCCGGGCCAUGGAGAAGGCGGGUGCAUCGCCGUCAAGGAGGUCGCCCAGGAAGCAGGACAGGUCGUCGCCACAGAAGCGUGUUAAUGUGGAGGAUGGGGAGGAGCAGCGUGUCAUUCCAGAGUCUCCGUCCAAGAAAGUGAAGCAUUUCCCAAUAUUUUAUCCCAGCACAAGGCUCGCUGAUUGCAAAUUCCCAAGCAGCAAGAAUGGAAUAAGCUUUAAGAAGUCUGAGAUGGAUGACGCCCAGAUGAUGAUUGAUGCCGGCCAGAAAGAGUUUGGGGCCAAGCAGUGCCCAGACUGUGGACUGUUGUAUGAAGUGGGCAACUCCUCCGAUGACACCUCACAUAAGCGCUACCACAACCACCUGCUCACUGCCCUCAAGUACACUGCCUGGAAGAAGGAAAGAAUGGUCCGAGAACCUGACCACCUUGGAGGGCGAGUGAUAGAGGUGUCAGGGCAGGACUCUGAGCGGUGGUGGGAGAAGGUGGAGGAGGUGCGGGAGGUGGUGGACAAAUUGGGCUUCUGUGAGAGGAGCAUCAAGACCAGGGAGCACACCAAGGUCUUCCUGUAUGUGCUGGACCAGCGUGUGGUGGGCUGCCUCAUUGCUGAAAAGACUGCUAAAGGGUACAGAAUCGUCCCUCAGAAGCAACAGAUGGAAGGUUCGAGCCGCCUGGUGUGUUGCUCCCGGGACGCCACCAAGGUGUGGGUGGGGAUCAGCCGCUUGUGGGUCCUUAGUGCCAUGCGAGGCAAGGGCAUUGCCUCCACACUGGUAGACACCAUGAGAUGCAACAUGUUCAAUUGCCACAUACUCUCCAAGGAUCAGUUUGCUUUCUCUCAUCCCACAGAGGCUGGGUUGAAUUUUGCUGAAAAGUACAUGGGGAGACCAGAUUUUCUUGUUUAUCAUGAUUUUUGAUUGUUGAGAAGCUAAGAGCAAUGACAUACUAUGUUCCUUUUGUAAAAUUGCCUCUAUUCAAAAAAUUUAUGAAUGGAAUGGAAAUUAAUCUGUUGGCAGGAGUUUGAGGACUGGAGAGAGAGACAGUGAAUGGUCAUUUUAGUUUACUGGAACUCAGAUAUGGAGAACAAGAUGAUCUGUUACCUCCAUUUACAUAUGGGUUCACUUUAUGAUUUUAUUAUUUCAUGGUGUUCAAUUUUCACUUGCUCCGAAAGGAGAGAAAAAAAAAUGCUAUGCAGUGAAGUUUCCUGCCAGUAGUCUCAAGUGAGGAAGACAGAAGUGUUGUAAUUGCAAGUGCCCUCCACUAAUGAUAGGUUUCAGUGGUUGCUUUUAUUUUCUUAGGAUGUUGGUAAGGCAAAACAUACAUACCUCUUACUACACAUUCUGUUCUACUUAUAGGAAUUAUCUGCACGGUCUGUCAUCUCAACCAAUUCAGAUCAUCUCAAAACUUCACCACCUCGGAUCAUCUCGAUAUGCACAGCUCAAUAUGUAUUUAUCAUUUAAUUGCGAUCGGUUGUUCAGAACAAUAUUAUUCCUAACAUGAAAUACCGUUAUUCCGCGCUUUAAUAUAUUUGUCGCUACGUAAUAAUGGACUGAGAAUAAACUGUCAAUAUUGAAGUAACGCGUAGAAACAGCUAGGUAGGUAAGUAGGCUUUACAUUUCUCUUUAAGUUUGUGAAAUUAAUUGAAUAUGCAUCUGUUUACGCCCUUUGUUGUUGUGCUAUUAGAAAAAAAAUAAAGGGGAAGGGAAGAAAAAAAAAAAAAACGUAAUAAUGAAAUAAAAGCUAAACAGUGGAACUAUUUCCCAGAGGAACCUCACGUAAGUGUUGUAAAUAAUGAAAAAAUACACGUUAUUAUUAAUCACCUUUUCCUUGAACGUCGAGUGUGCUCUGAUAAUUAAGUGCAGCGAUGUGUUUACCUUCUCACUUGGAGGUAAAAGCAAACAAGGUCAAUAAAUGAAUUAGGUAAUAGUGACUCAGUAAUGUUGACCGACGGGGGGAGGAUGAAGUGCACGUGCAUAGCGAGGAACCGGUCAAUGUGAGGAGUGUUAAAUUGUGGAAUAAUUAGUGCAAACAACCGUACGAGUGUGCCCUAGGAGACCUUACGGCUACUAUUGGACCUGAGGGAGUGCCUGGAGGCUUAGGAGUUAAUAAGGUAUCGUGAGACAGUAGUUAUUUUGAUGUUAAGUUCUCGCCUCCCAUUUUCUUGUCUCUCACCUCUCAUGAAAAUAAUAAAUCGUGUAUAUU